AGUUCGUAUAAGCGGCUAAAAACGGCAYUACACACUUUACCGUCUUGUGWAUUGAGUAUUACACAGUGUGAGCAYAAAUUAACUGCCAAAAACAUAUAUUGUGCAAAUUGUAGUGAAUUACCAGCCGUAAUUUGUUGUCAGCUUAAGUACGAAAAGUGUUUGWGGAGAAUAGCAAACAUUUGCAGCAUACUUUUCGGCGUGUAAGCAUUUUGUGCAUUACCGAGCAUCAGCUGUGUUUGCGUCGAGUGGUUGAAAGAGUUUUGCUCCAGUGUACAUAUGGGCUSCAGCUAAAUUUGGCAAGUGUCAAAAAAACGUUUGGUGUAAAUUCGGGCGCAGUGUUGCCUACUCGCGAGUGUGAAGUGCGAAAUUGCCCGUGGUGAAAGGAAAUCAGUCUGAGCGCACAAUUUACGAGCAGCGGACGCAAGGAAUUCAGCAAAGAAUAAUAAAAACAAAAUARWAAUUAAAUUCAGUGAUUUCAACGACGUCACCCAAACGAUAACGGUAAAACGGGUAAAGAGCAAGGGCAACCGCGCAAUAAUAAGUGAAAUAGUGAGUUUUUCUACGCACGCAGCAGUAACAGCAGAAGCAGCGGUGACAAGCGCUGCAAGCGUAUAAAUCGGGGUUUCGACAAGUGUGCAAUGGUCUUUGCUGCAUGGGGCAAUCCUUCGGGCCUGCUCAUAUUCCUGGUAUGCGCGCUGGUCGUGGUGUUCRUCACUAAUGUGCCCAGCGCUGUGGCCAAAGGCGGAAACGCUGCUCCGGCGGCGCUUAAUGGCAGGAACGACGUAUUCACCAGCUCGUUCCUGGUGCGCUUUAGGCGCAGCGUCGACAAUGACCUAGCAGGCGAAGUGGCAGCGCGUUACGGAUUCGAUAACAUUGGACCAUUAGUUGGAGGAAACGGAAACGAGUAUCACUUCAAGCACAGGACAUUGCCGCACGCUCGCACAAGGCGAAGCAUCACACACACGCGACUAUUGAAGAGCCAUCCAUUGAUUCACACGGCAGUUCAACAGCCGGGAUUCAAGCGUGUCAAACGUGGUCUGCGGCCGGCGAUUCCCGCUAUUCAUGGUCUCCCAUUCGAGUCCACCUUUGGUGCAAAACCGAUUGGACUUGAACCAAGUGAUCCGUAUUUCCCCUUGCAAUGGUAUCUGAAGAAUACGGGUCAAAAUGGUGGCAAAAUGCGUUUGGAUCUCAAUGUGCAGGCCGCUUGGGAUCAAGGUAUAACCGGCAAAAAUGUUACGACCGCAAUAAUGGACGACGGUGUGGACUACAUGCAUCCUGACUUGAAGUUCAACUAUAAUGCUGAGGCUAGCUACGACUUCAGCAGCAAUGAUCCCUUCCCCUAUCCGCGUUACACCGAUGACUGGUUCAAUAGUCAUGGCACUCGUUGCGCUGGCGAAGUGGCUGCUGCCAGAGAUAACGGUAUAUGUGGCGUUGGCGUGGCUUAUGACAGUAAARUUGCAGAGACAGCCAUAGUACAAGGCGUGAACGAGGGUCGCAAUGGUUUGGGCAACAUUUACGUGUGGGCAUCGGGCGAUGGCGGCGAGGAGGACGACUGCAAUUGCGAUGGCUAUGCGGCGUCUAUGUGGACAAUUUCCAUUAACAGCGCCAUUAACGAUGGACAGAAUGCACACUACGAUGAGAGUUGUAGUUCAACGUUGGCCAGCACAUUUAGUAAUGGUGCCAAAGAUCCCAAUACUGGCGUGGCCACCACGGAUUUGUACGGCAAAUGUACAACCACACAUUCUGGCACGAGUGCGGCGGCACCGGAGGCAGCCGGCGUGUUUGCGCUGGCACUCGAGGCAAAUCCAUCGCUCACAUGGCGAGACAUACAGCAUUUGACAGUGUUGACUUCCAAGCGUAAUUCACUAUUCGACGCUAAGAAUCGCUUCCACUGGACUAUGAAUGGUGUGGGUCUGGAAUUCAAUCACCUCUUCGGCUUUGGUGUUCUAGACGCUGGCGCUAUGGUGACCCUGUCCAAGCAAUGGCGCUCAGUGCCGGCGCGGUAUCACUGCGAAGCUGGGGAAAUUGUGGAACCAAAUCCAAUUUAUACCGGUCGCUCAAUGUUUCUGGAAAUAAAAACGGAUUCUUGCAAAGGUACUGACACCGAAGUGAAUUAUCUGGAGCAUGUGCAGGCGGUGAUCUCCGCCAAUGCCACGAGACGAGGAGAUUUGGAGCUAUUCCUCACUUCGCCGAUGGGUACUAGAUCAAUGAUACUGUCGCGUCGCGCCAAUGACGAUGAUCAUCGUGAUGGCUUCACAAAAUGGCCGUUCAUGACCACACACUCAUGGGGCGAGUAUCCACACGGCACGUGGAAAUUGGAGGCACGUUUCAAUUCACCGCAAGCACGCUCCGGCUGGCUCAUCGAAUGGUCGCUUGUGCUGCACGGCACCAAGGAGGCGCCCUAUCGCACACUCUCACCUGCUUCGCCGCACUCCAAGCUGGCCAUCGUCAAAAAGGCCCAUGAGGACCGCAAGAUGAAGUAGACAGGUCAACCACCGAAAAGCGAAAAAUUCAAAAGAAUUUUCUAAAUCAAAAAUCCAUAUGCUAGAGGAGAAGGAGCAGGGCCGAAAUACAGCAGAGUAAACAAAAUGAAAAAUGUGUGGUUAUAAGGAGAGCCCAAAGUUAAUGCAGGUGGCAAGGCUGCAAACCAGAGUUUCAAUAGAAAAGCAAAUACAAUUUUUCAGUUGUUAAACAUAUAAAAAAAAAA